UAUGGCCGAACCGCCAGGUUCAACUGACGAAGUGUGGUCGGAUGGAGAGAGUUUGACAAAUGUCCCGUUUGUAAAAGAUGUCAAACUCGUGUCCGUUGAACAUCCAGCUAUUGUUAACAAUGUUGAUAAGGCAUUGGCAACUCUUGGAGGAUGUAAAGAAUUGUCCAAGUCCUUUAGCAACAGUAACAAACGGAUUGCCUUGCGUUGGCGACCACAGGACAUCUACUGUAAGUCUGUGUAUGGAGAACGAUACCCAACCACUAACUUGUUGAUGAAGGUGAAGAGAAGAUGGAAGAAAGAUAAGCCAGAAGAAUCUCAAUACCACAUUGAGGUCCUCGGGGUUAUUGAUAACACUUAUAAAUUCCAAGCCUUGGUAGACUACCAGUAUCUGCCAGUGAUUCGACAGCCAGACAACAGUUACACUAGCCUGACUGACAAGCUGGUCCUAAACACGUUGUGUGAUCGACGGGAGUUUCUGGACAAUGGUUGCCCACUCUUCCUACCACCUAGCAGUUUCUCUAGGAUGGACUAUCCAGAUAAGAGUUACCUCCUCCGAAAAGACAUUGAACACAGACCUGGCUAUGUCAACCCUGACCACAACCGUCCUCAAAACCUCAUUGGAACAGUGCGCCAGAAAAGGACAAUUUAUACACAGUUCUGUAGUUUUGGAGAUCCAGUACCGGACGGUGUAUCGGAGAACGUCAAGACUUAUCUGAGAUCCAAGUAUAACAAUCCAGAGGCUGAACAAAAACUCAAACAGCUUUUUGAGGAGCGCCCUGUUUGGUCGAGAAUGGCAUUGAUUCCACACUUCCCUAAACACAAACAGAAACUGAAGUAUCUGCUGCCUCUCACUGGAUUCUACUUUUUGAGUGGUCCCUGGAGAUGCUUGUGGUGCAAGUUUGGGUUUGACCCUUUGAAAACCACUGAGUCAAAGAUGUUUCAAACAGUGGAUUUCAGGAAACGACAAGGUUCAGUUGGAGAAAGAGUUGGCAUCAAAUUGAAGAGGAAAGAGAACCUUCUACAGUACCAGGCCUUAAGGAGGAAUGUUGCCAGUGACACUGUUAUUAACAUCCGGGAUAUCGUCAUGGAAGAGGAGGAAUCUGUGAAGCAGCCCAAAUCAUCAAAGGAAGCAGAUACAGAAACACUCACCAAAGAAGAGGAGCAGUAUAUCUACACACCGACCAGCAUUCCACCCUGUCGACAGAUGUUUUACCAGCUCUGUGACAUCCGAGCUCCCAGGAUACAACACAUUAUACACAAGAAUGACGGAAAGGAAAAAACAUGCACAGAAAAAGAUGGAUGGUGUGAGCCGAUGGCAAUCGACAAAUGUCGAGACCUCAUGUCAUAUUACACAAUGAAGAUAUUGAGUAACGAAGAGGAACAGCAGGUUUCAAUGGUAGACUACAUAGCAAGGCGUAAAGUCAACCUAAGGAAGAAGAAAGCACGUAUGUCCAGAAUCAACAAAUUUGGGAAGAACAUGUCAGAGUCAAGCUCUGAUGGCUCAGCAGACGACCAAGAGAUGGAAAAGGGUGAUGUGGGUCCUUCAGGAGGAGACGAAGAGAUGGAGAGAGAGAUCGAAGGAGAGGAGGAUGAGGAUAUGAAUGAAAUGGAGACAGAAAUUCUUGAUUGUAUCUGACAUACUAAAUUUGUUACUCUACAUCUUAGCAAGGGAAACAGAUGUUUUGGUGUACUUAAGUUGCUAUUUAACAACUCGGCAAGCAAGAGAGAUGUUUUGGUCUAGAAAAGUUGUGUUCUUUAUGAGCCAUAUGAGAUGUCGAACUUAUAUACACAUGUAUGUGAAACCUGCAGUGUGAUGAGAGUGAACAUUAAGCCAGUCCUAUGUAGGCAUAUAUAAACAAGGGUAAAGAAGUUAAUUAUUAGAGGCAGAAUUUUAAUUGACAGAGUGAUCAAGUGGCUCAGUGGUUAACACACUCACCUGUAACCAAGGCGACAAGGGUUCAGUUCCCCCUGCAGAUUGGUUGUCUGUCUAAACACAUGGCUUUUAUCUUGAUACUGUUAGUUAGUCCUAUCACAUACUUCAUUCAGGCCAACAAGAGUAAUAAGUUCAUUUAACUAGUUUUGGAAUUAUUGUGAAUAAAUGAGACCAGACCUUACAGUCCAACGUUGGACUCUUAUUCUACAUCCUCGAGCCGAGUGCUGGACAGUCAAACACUUAAAAGAGGGUUAUCCCUGUCCAUGUUCUCAUGAGUAAGUGUAUUCCCAUGAGUAAAUGUAUGUGUUCCAAUGAGUAAAUGUAUGUGUGUUCUAAUGAGUAAAUGUAUGUGUGUUCCAAUGAGUAAAUGUAUGUGUGUUCUAAUGAGUAAAUGUAUGUGUUCCAAUGAGUAAAUGUAUGUGUGUUCCAAUGAGUAAAUGUAUGUGUGUUCUAAUGAGUAAAUGUAUGUGUUCCAAUGAGUAAAUGUAUGUGUGUUCUAAUGAGUAAAUGUAUGUGUGUUCUAAUGAGUAAAUGUAUGUGUGUUCUAAUGAGUAAAUGUAUGUGUGUUCUAAUGAGUAAAUGUAUGUGUGUUCUAAUGAGUAAAUGUAUGUGUGUUCCAAUGAGUAAAUGUAUGUGUGUUCUAAUGAGUAAAUGUAUGUGUUCCAAUGAGUAAAUGUAUGUGUUCCAAUGAGUAAAUGUAUGUGUGUUCCAAUGAGUAAAUGUAUGUGUUCCAAUGAGUAAAUGUAUGCGUGUUCUAAUGAGUAAAUGUAUGUGUUCCAAUGUGUAAAUGUAUGUGUUCCAAUGAGUAAAUGUAUGUGUGUUCUAAUGAGUAAAUGUAUGUGUGUUCCAAUAAGUAAAUGUAUGUGUGUUCUAAUGAGUAAAUGUA